AUUGGCUGCCGCAGCUGUCAGUCAUCAGGCUCUGCUCUCUGAUUGGCUCUCUGUGCUCUCCGUUAUCCAGGAAUGCGUUGUACUUCAGUUGUUUGGGAUGGUCUCUCCCUCUCUCCCUCUCUCUCUCUCGCUCUUGGUCAGUGUAGCUGAUGGUCUUUUCCCCUCGACAUUUCCAUGGUAACUGUCUUGUCUGAGGUCUGAGCCGCAGCGCGUGUGUGAGAAAAUGGAGAACGACGAGAAAAAACCGGACAGCAAAUACGGAGAUUCCAGGAAGUUUGAUCCAAACUUCAAGGGGCCAAUUCACAACAGGGGCUGCACAGAUGUCCUCUGCUGUAUCCUCUUCAUCGUGGCCCUGUUGGGAUACUUUGCUGUGGGAAUCCUCGCCUGGUCUCAGGGUGACCCCAGGAAGGUGAUCUACCCCACAGACAGCAGGGGCCAGUUCUGCGGACAAGCUGGAACACCUCUCGAGAAGAAGCCUCUUCUGUUUUACUUCAACAUACUGAAAUGUGCCAGUCCUCUGGUGCUGCUGGAGUUUCAGUGUCCCACCACACAGUUAUGUGUGUCAGGCUGUCCCGACCGGCAUCUUACCCUGGUGAAAGCCAAGUUAGGCAGCAAAGAAGACCGUGAUUACUACCAACAAUUCUGCAAGGACGGCGUGGACUUUGCUGAAAAGAGUCCUCCUGAGCUUCUGCGGGAUGGCUUGUGUCCAGCCCUGCUGAUGCCAAGUAAAGCCUUCACGCGUCGCUGCCUUCCUGCCUUGGGGACGUUGAAAGGUGGGGUGGUGGUGGUGGGCAAUGAGACCACUUUUGAUUCCGGUGAGGGCGUCAACAUCAAUGCGUCUGAUGUGCUGGAAGCAUCGAAGAAGUCAAAUGUGGUUGUUGAAGCUCGGCAGGUGGCAAUGAGAAUCUUUGAAGACUACACUCAGUCUUGGCAUUGGAUAUUACUUGGUCUGGUGAUAGCCAUGGUCGUCAGCUUAAUUUUCAUCGUCCUGCUGCGGUUCCUGGCGGGCAUCAUGGUGUGGAUCAUGAUCGUUUUGGUUAUUCUUGUCAUUGGAUAUGGCAUCUUCCACUGUUACAUGGAGUUUGCCAGUUUGAAGGGAGAACCCGGCGCUGACGUCACCAUCCGUGACCUGGGUCUGCAGACGGACUUUGCCGUCUACCUGCAGAUCAGACAGACCUGGCUGGCCUUCAUGAUCAUCCUGGCUAUUGUGGAAUUCGUCAUCAUUCUGCUGCUCAUCUUCCUCAGGAAGAGAAUCUUAAUUGCCAUUGCUCUCAUCAAAGAGGCCAGCAGAGCUGUCGGGCAUGUGAUGUCAUCUCUGUUCUACCCACUGCUGACCUUUACCCUCCUCGCCGUGGUGAUUGCGUACUGGGCCGUCACUGCUGUUUUCUUGUCCACCUCUAAUGAGCAGGUUUACAAAGUGUUCAACAACUCCGAGUGCGAGUACUCACGAGACACCUGCGACCCUAAGACUUUCAACACCUCCAACGUCUCUGCUCAGUGUCCAGAUGCAGAGUGUCUGUUCGCCUUCUACGGUGGUGAGACCCUCUACCACAAAUACCUCAUUCUGUUCCAGUUCUACAACGUCUUCCUGUUCUUCUGGUGUGCCAACUUUGUGACGGCCCUGGGUCAGGUCACUCUGUCGGGGGCCUUCGCCUCAUAUUACUGGGCCUUCAAGAAGCCUGAUGACAUUCCCGCCUUUCCCAUCUUCGCCUCGCUUGGACGCGCCCUCAGGUACCACACAGGCUCCCUGGCCUUUGGCUCUCUGAUCCUGUCCGUGGUCCAGGUCAUCAGGGUCGUUCUGGAGUAUCUGGAUCACAAGUUGAAAGGUGCUCAGAACAAGUUUGCUAAAUUCAUGCUAAGCUGCAUGAAGUGCUGCUUCUGGUGUCUGGAGAAGUGCAUCAAGUUCCUCAACAGAAAUGCUUACAUCAUGAUUGCCAUCUAUGGGAAAAGUUUCUGCCCCUCAGCUCGAGACGCAUUUUUCCUUCUCAUGAGGAAUAUUGUCAGAGUGGCUGUUUUAGACAAAGUGACUGACUUCCUCCUGUUCCUUGGGAAACUCCUCAUUGUUGGCAUCGUUGGGAUCUUCUCUUUCUUCUUCUUCUCUGGAAGAAUCAAAGCAGUUGAGGACGCUGCUCCAUCUCUGAACUACUACUGGGUGCCAAUAAUGACGGUGGUUGUGGGCUCGUACCUCAUCGCCCAUGGCUUCUUCAGCGUUUACGCCAUGUGUGUGGACACACUCUUCCUCUGCUUCUUGGAGGACAUCGAGCGCAACGAUGGAUCUGCAGAGAGGCCGUAUUUCAUGUCGCAGAACCUGCUCACGCUCCUGAAGAAGUCCAACGAACAGCCCAAAACUGUAGAUUAGGUCACCAAAGUAUGUGCGUGUGUGUGUGUGUGUGCAAUAGCAUCAAUUUUGUGCCAUUUUCUGUGCUGCAUAGUGUUUGUAGAUACAGAUUUCAGAUGUCUGUGUGUUUCUGUACUAUGUUGUCACAAAAUCUCCCUGUAUAUGAUUUUUUACAGAAGAAAUCUCGGAGAUUGAGUAACUAACUUUAAAGACGUUAAGAUCCGUACUUGCCAGGAAUUCUCGUGCAUAUGCAAAUAAUGUAAAUAUACAAAAAAAGAGAGAAGAAACUAUGCACUAAAGCUAAUGAGACAAACUAGCUAUAGUUUUGAGUAAUGGUUUACAUAAAACGUUCAUGUGUUUCUUUAUUGUCUGUCAUGAUUUAUCAUCAGUUUAAGCAGAAUAAUGCCGUCUUUGAAGACACACCAAAGCAAAGAUUAAACGUUAAUCCCGUUUCUUAUUAAAGCCUCCAGAGAUUACUGAUGAUGCGAGGGUUUAUUUACCUUUGACGUUGUUCCUGUGUUCUGUUUUUUUUUUCUUUGUCCGUAAACAUAUCCAUUGUUAAUGUGCAACGUUUAAAGUUUGUAAAGUUUUUUUUACAUUGCAGCCAAAGUUAUUGUAAACUAAUAAAAGAAUGUGUUGCCAUA